AAUCAAAUAGACGUGCCGUCCCUGAUCUCACCUAGGGAUGUGUUUUUCCUGCAAAUGAGCGGUUAGCCGACUACUAGUGCUGUACGAAAACCGGCUGAAGCCGCUAUAAUUGCUCGAGAGAGAGAGACGGGGCAACAACCAUUUGGCAGCAUAGAGAGAGAAAGUUAGAGAGAGUGUGUAUGAGAACGCCAUGGCAGGAGGAGGAGAUCAGAAGCCUAAACCUCACGCGGUGUGCGUGCCCCACCCAGCACAGGGUCACGUAUUCCCCAUGUACAAGAUCGCCAAGCUCCUCUACUACAGAGGCUUCCACAUCACCUUCGUCAACACCGAGUACAACCAGCGACGCCUCCUCCGUUCGCGUGGACCCACCGCCCUCGACGGCCUCCCGUCGUUCCGAUUCGCCGCCAUUCCCGACGGCCUCUCGCCCAUCGACGGAGACGUCAACCAAGACGCGUGGCAGCUCUGCGACUCCAUUCCCAAGAACUGUGGCGCUCCAUUCAGGGAGCUUCUCGGAAAACUCAACUCCUCGGACGACGUCCCUCCGGUGACCUGCGUAGUUUCCGACGGAGUCAUGAGCUUCACCCUCAAGGUCGCCGAGGAAUUGGGUAUUCCGAAUGUUCUGUUCUGGACCACCAGUGCUUGUGGGUUCUUGAGCUACGCCUACUAUCGCCAAUUGGUCGAAAAGGGUUUUACACCAAUCAAAGAUGAGAGUUAUUUGACAAAUGGGUACUUAGACACUGUGAUAGAUUGGAUACCAGGCAUGAAGGGUAUACGUCUGAAGGAGCUUCCGACAUUUAUUCGAACCACGAACCCUAAUGAUGUCAUGCUAAACUUUGCCAUCAAUGAAGCUGAGAGAUCUCACAAGUGUUCUGCUAUAAUUUUGAAUACAAUCGACGUAUUGGAACGUGAUUGUUUGGACGCACUUGCACCGAUGUUUCCUCCUAUAUACCCAAUCGGUCCUCUUCACCUCCUAGAGAAGAAACAACUCCCAGAAAAAGAUGAACUCAAAUCCAUUGGACUAAAUCUACUGAAAGAAGACUCUGGGUGUCUCGAAUGGCUUGAUUCAAAACCACCCAAUUCGGUGAUCUACGUGAAUUUUGGCAGUGUGGCUCGAAUGACAUCGCUUCAGCUGAUUGAAUUCGCUUGGGGACUUGCCAAUAGCGAGCAGAACUUCUUAUGGGCCAUUAGGCCUGAUCUAGUCCUCGGUGACUUGGCCGUACUUCCACCUGAGUUCGAGGAGGUGACCAAAGAAAAGGGUUUCCUGUCAAGCUGGUGCCCUCAGGAGCAGAUCCUUACCCACCCGUCGAUCGGAGGGUACUUGACACAUUGUGGGUGGAAUUCAAUUCUUGAAACCAUUUCUGGUGGUGUGCCAACCAUAUGUUGGCCGGCUUACGCGGAGCAGCCGACCAACUGUUGGUUCUGUUGCAACCAUUGGGGGAUAGGUAUGGAGAUAACUGAUGUUCACAGGGAUGAAGUGGAGAGACUUGUGAGGGAGUUAAUGGUUGGAGAGAAGGGGAAAGAGAUGAAGAGAAGAGUCAUGGAGUGGAAGAAGAUUGCUGAAGAGACUACUAGUUCAGGUGGGUUAUCUUACAACAACUUUUAUGAUAAAAUGGUGGAUGAGGUGCUCUUGUCUAAAUUUCAGACUAGUUAAACAAUACCAAUAUUUGGGAAUUGAAAUUUGGUUUCUUGAUCAAUAAUGUUAUAUAUAUAUAUAAUUAUUGGUAUACUGUACUCUUUUUCUUUCGUUCAGGUUUUGUCCCACUGAAUUUUUCUAGCAAGGUUUUAAUGAAGCAGUUUUAACUUAUGCAAAACUAUUGUCGUAUACACAAGAAUACUGUAUUUUUUUUCCUUUGCUAGGGUUUUGUUCCACUGGGUUUUCCUUAGCAAGGUUUUAAUGAGGCAUAUUCUUAGUAUAGUUUUGUUAACCCCAAGAGGGAGUGUUAUAUAUAUAUAUAUAUAUAUGAUUAUGUGGGGUUCACUUGUACUUGUAAAGUGAUAUGAAGCAUUAGUGUGCAGCUUAUUUAUCAAGCGGCUUGUUGCCCACAUUUUUUGUAGCUAUAAAUAGAUCAUCUGUGUGCAAUUGUGAAGUGAAGAAAUGAAAUAAGCAUAUCUCUCUCAUAUUUA